CGCGUCCGGCCAAACAAACAAACUAGAUCGAAACAGAAAAUUAAAAAACGAUUUCAAUGGCGAAUUCAAUCGGCAGUUUAGAUACUACCGAAAAUGUGGCGCACAACGUUUUGGAAACACUGCACGCUAAAGCUGUGGAGAUCAAACAAACGGUUUCCGAGGACGCGCAAUUAAGGCAAGAUGCCCUAACCGACCUCCAAGCGGUGGUGGAAAAGCUAAAUGAUUUGGUCAUGAUGGAGGCUAAGUUGAAAGCGAAACAAAUGGCCAUCUCGGCGAGAGGUGUUUGCAAUGGUAGCGCAAAGACGAGUAAGAUCACUUCACAGAAUCCGAAAAACCACGGACAAAUGUUGAAGGAUCUUGAACGAUUCCUAGGUCUUACCAUCCACUGUAUCCCCGAACGGAGAAUGUUUGAGAUACAUUUUUCAGAUACUCGAAACACACGAUUGUCCUUUAAAAUGAAUAGGAAAGGAUUGGACCUUGAUAAUAUGUAUCCGCAGCCUCGAAACAUCGAAGCAAUUCGCAGGCAUUUACGCGAUACCAAGGACGUGAUUGGCUUGCUGACCGUUUUACGUAGAAGACUAACGUUUGGAACAACAACCGUUCCGUCCGCCGUGUGUGAAGAGGCCUAA